UAACGCAUGAAGACUUCACACACACCAGACGACGAAAGAACCCGCACACCACGGCGUCCCAUCAGCACGCGCGCAGCCACGGCAGUAACGAUAGCGGACUGAAGUCUCUCUAGCGCUUAGGCAGUUGUUGUGUUUGAGAAACCGCAGUUAUGACGCUGGUCGGUCAACGGUACUCUGCUCAGUCGUACUGCGGAUCCGGAGGCCACCGGGCGAUGUCUCACGCGGGGUCUUUGGGCUCCGUGCGCUCCAGUUUUGGGGGCGGAGGCAGUGGCUUUAGCUAUGGAUCCUUCGGUAAAGGCUUCGGGGCUGGUGGUGGGGGAGGAGGGGCUGGGUUUCGUAUGGGCUCGGGCGGAGGCGGCGGAGCAGGGUUCGGGGCCGGUAUGGGUGGUGGUAUGUCCAUCGGUUUCACCGGGAACGAAAAGCUGCACAUGCAGUCCCUGAACGACCGUUUGGCGCACUACCUGGAUCAGGUGCGGAUGCUCGAGACCACCAACCGCCAGCUCGAGGAGAAGUUGAAGAGCUUCACUGCAGCCAAGAUAGUGACUCAGGACUUCACCGUGUACGACCACCAGCUGAAACCGCUCCGAGACCAGUUACUGUCUGUCAUGUUAAUGAACACGUACCUGGCUCUCGAGAUCGAUAAUGCCAAACUGGCGGCUGACGACUUCAGAAUGAAGUGGGAGACGGAGAUGUCCGUGCGUCAGACGGUGGAGGGAGAUAUCGCGGGACUGCGGGCUCUCCAGCGAGACUACAACUCAGCCAACCAGGCCUUGGUCCAAGACCUGAACUUGCUCAUGGAGGAGCACACAACCACAAUGACGAUCCAUCAACAGGACCUGGCGACCCUGCAUGGCCGGCUGGGCGGUACAGUGAAUGUGGAGAUGGCAGAGUCCCGCACCUCAGACCUGGCUCAGGCCAUGGCUGACAUCCGUGCAGAGUACGAGGCCGUGGUGGAGAACAACCGCCGCCAGGCCGAGGGCUGGUACAUGACCCAGGUAGAGAUGAAGAAGGCUCAGGUGAUGGAGGUCGUGACCUCUGAAAGCUCGGACAUGAGCGAGGGUCGGAACCAUGCCACGGCCCUGCAGAUUGAGCUGGAGGCCUUUUACAUGGCAAAUGCCAACCUGGAUGAUCGUCUGUCGGAGGUGGGUCUGCAGUUCCACCAGCGCCUGGUGUCGGGGUCUAGGCUGGUGUCGGGUCUGGAGCAGGAGCUGGCGUCCGUGAGGGAGGGCGCUCAGCGGCAGGCUCAGGACUACCAGAUUCUGCUGGACAUCAAGAGCCGCCUGGAGGUGGAGAUCACCACCUACAAGCAGCUGCUGGAGGGGGCCGGGGGGGUGGCUGGGGGGACCGGGGGGGUGGCCGUGGGGGGGGGCAGGGUCUCUAGGAGCCUGGUCACAGAGAUGAGUUCGUCCGGGGGUGGGAUCGGAGGUGUGGGGCUGGGCAGGGCUGGGCUAGUGAUGUCGUCAGGGGGCGGGUCGUCGAUGGCGGUGAAGUCUUCAAGCUCCUCCUUCAGCUCCGUCGCCCAAGCGGGUGUGAUGUCAUCAGGGGGUGUCGGGGGCGGACUGGUGGGGUCGUCGGGCGGGGCCGUGACGAUGAAGUCUGGCAGCUCCUACAGCUCCUCUUCGGGCGGGGCGAUGAUGUCAUCAGGAGGCGGGGCUACGAUCGUCAGGUCCAGCAGAACAGAGAUUUCCUCUUCCACCGGCUCCAGUGACCCUGCAUUGAUUACGUCAUCAGGAGUUGUCGGGGCCCUGACGAUGUCAUCAGGAGGCUCCGCCUUGUCUGGCCUGGGGUCCUCCGGGAUGUUGUCAGGGGGCGGGGCUACGAUCGUCAGGUCCAGCAUCACGGAGGUCUCCUCCUCCGCCCUCGGCGGCGAGGCUGGCGGACUGGCCACGAUGACAUCAUCAGGAGGUGCCGCGCUAGCGCCUGUGGGCGGGGAGGCGGUAGAGAUCUCCGUGGUGACCAGGUCCAGCAGCUCAGAAGUCUCUUCCGGAAUGUCCACUGGAGGGACUGUGGAGUCGUGA